AAGGGAGAGAAGAUAUUUUUGUGACGAACAAAGAUGGAAGAUAUUUUGAAAUUGUGAACUGAUCGACCGCUUUCAUAUGUGAGGAACAUUUACAGAACCUCCAGAAAUUUCUUUCCAUCAUCGUCUUCAUUGAAUCUCCGCUGAGUUAUCGAUGAUUUGAAUUUCCCCAUUACUGGAAUGGCUUCUUCCACCUUCAGCUGGUCCAUCACCCCUCACACGCCCAGUUACCCAACUCCCAAACCUAGAAAUCAACCUACCUUCUCCAAUUCUAUCAUCAACAACCAAUCAUCCUCCGAAUCCGGGCCACAGGUUCGCAAAUCCAAGGGUAGCCCCCAAUUGAAUCGCUGGUCUAGGGCUCGCGCUUUACGAUCGGGGCACAAAUUGCAGCGCCACAGCAAUCGGACUACUCAGGCUGUCGAGCUGCGUUCUCCCGAUUCGCCCACUGACAGAGCCCCACCGGAACCUGCUCUUAAAGGAAGAGAUGGCGACGAUGAUGUGGAGAGAAUAGUUGGGAAGUCCAUUUAUAUGGUGUCUGAUGGCACUGGAUGGACGGUGGAGCACUCCGUCACCGCCGCCUUGGGCCAGUUCACUCAUUGUUUGGUGGAUCGUGUUUGCCCUGUUAGCACCCAUUUGUUCUCUGGGGUUGAUGAUGUAGAGCGAUUACGGGAGAUAGUAAAACAAGCAGCCAAAGAGGGCGCUAUGCUUGUUUAUACUUUAGCUGAUCCAUUCAUGGCUGAAUCUGCCAAGCAAGCUUGCAAACUGUGGGGCAUUCAAUCCAAUGACAUACUGGGACCAUUAACAGAAGUUGUUGCAUCACAUCUUGGUGUCUCACCGUCCGGUCUUCCUCGUGGGGCUUUCGGCAAUAAUCUCCCGCUUACCGACGAGUACUUUCGUCGGAUUGAAGCUAUUGAGUUUACAAUCAAACAAGACGAUGGUGCAUUGCCUCAAAACUUGAACAAAGCUGACAUUGUUCUUGCUGGUGUAUCUCGAACAGGGAAGACGCCAUUGUCCAUUUAUCUUGCACAAAAGGGAUAUAAGGUGGCUAAUGUGCCGAUCGUAAUGGGGAUCAAACUCCCAAAGAACCUGUUCGAAGCAGACCCUGAAAAGGUGUUUGGUUUGACUAUAAAUCCGAUUGUGUUGCAAACAAUAAGAAGAGCAAGAGCCAAGAGUUUGGGAUUUUGUGAUGAAAUGAGAAGUACCUAUUCAGAAAUGGAUUUUGUUAGAAGGGAACUGGAUUUUGCUGGAAAGAUCUUUGCUCAAAACCCCACAUGGCCUGUGAUAGAGGUGACAGGGAAGGCCAUAGAAGAAACUGCCGCCGUCAUAUUGAGGCUUUACCACGAUAGAAAGCACAAGUGUUCGAUGCCAACAAUAUCAAAGCGCUACUAGAGACAUUAAAGCUAAGCCAUGAAGGCACGAUGGUAUCAGUGCUCAAUAAGAUGUCGCUCAAUCUUGUUAGUCUUGACAUAGAACUUUAAUACGUUUACUGAAUGCAUUUCCUUCUUUCCACAAGCAUGGUCUGAAGUCACUUUCCAUUUGCAACGUUUAUCGCUUCUUGUUUUACUUGAAACAGUUGAUUAAAUGCCUGUGAAUAAGAUCACAUCCUGAAAUGGGAAUAAGAGAA